ACUAGUCUUGCUAGCAGUGGUUAGGCAGUCCUUCGCGGAUGCACGAGGCCUUUGCCGUCCCGUCGAUAGCCAAUUGCGCUGCUGCUUGACGAGUUCGCAGCGCUUCGUUAUUGCCUGGUCUUGGCGGGCCUGAAGAAUCGAAGGCCCGCCAAAGCAAGUGUAAAAAGGUCCACAAUGGCCAAAGGUACAAAGUACUACAUAACAUAUAGAGUUCAGCUACAUUGUACAAUGUCUAGAUAGGCUGUGACAACUGUCAGUGUCCGUGACCUCGUCGUCCGAUCAGUGCUCGUCUUUGAUCCAUCCUGAUUCCGAUUCCCUGCGGAUUGUGGAACGAUGAGUGACUAAGCCAGCUCUUCAGUCCAGCGCUCGCCGAGUUAUGCUGAAUUGUACAUAAACCCGUCUAAGUACCAAACUUCAGAGACUCUGGCCUCCUGCAAGUCUGAAGCACCUCCGAAUCUUCGGCAUUGGAUCUGCUGCACUAUUUUCCUAGUUAUCCUGUUCGCAGACCCGACUUCUUCAGCACAACCCUGUAGUCCAUGUUAUCCAAGGUACAAUCUGCGGGCAUCGACUUCCACCAGCACAGGACCCUACUAGGUACUCUUGGUAGGGCGGCAAGGACAGCUGCGGCAAGCGGGACGUCGAGAGUACCUCGCGCAGCUUGACACAAGUUGCCUUGAGAGGUAUCGAGUGGUCAACACUCUAUACUCUCUGGGCCUAGGCUUUACCACGCUUGACAAUAUUUGAAUGUGACGUGACUCGACUGCAUUAGCUCUUGACCGGGGUGUAAAUUCUGGCGAGGAAGAAGGUCGGAAAAUUGAGGGGACCUCUGUACUCUCCUGCGGUAUAUCAAGGGGGAUGAGACGCGUGAAGAGCAGCUUGACCCCGAGCAGAUACUCAAUUUGUUCCUUCCAGGCCCUCUACAAUGAAACUUAUUGUCCCUAUUGCCUUGCUGGCAUCCAUGAUUGGUGCCCAUGGCUAAGGAGCCUGGAACUCCUGUUAUUACUUCGUCUUCACUGGACGUAUGGUCGGGCGACCUGCCCUGCUAAAAAUGGAGGGACUCUGACUCCUUCACUGAAUCUCUUGGACUUCCUCAGCAAUCGCAAUGGGAAUCUUCGCGUAGGUUGCUGCCACCUCGAUCCUCUCACUCGGCAUAAUGCUUAUUAUUGUGCUGGGGCUGAUACUGAUCACUUUUCUCUUCUAGUGCGAUGGAGGGUAGGAUUUCCUGUCCAUCCCUUGUUUGGGAUCUCGCUACUCACCUGACUUGAUUCCCAGUGGUUGUACGCUGCCUCCUGCAGGCACACCGAGUGUACGGUCUUGGGUUCUCUCUUUACAUGCGUGUGCUCAAACGACCGUGGCCGCUGGAUUAAAAGCGCUGUCGAUUUUGAGUAUGCCAAGUCCUCGAUUUCUCCCUGUUUGUGUAUCAGUCAUUUGCUAAGUGCUUGAAUACUUGCGUUACCAACCGGGAUGGCUACUUGACAUAUCGCUAAGCCCACCAACUUACCAAAGGUUCCACAGUAUUCAGCGGCUCGGAACCAAAUCCGUGAGAAAAACGAAGGUGCUUGGGAAGCAACGUUAAAAAUCAAGCCAUUACGGUUGGACUUUGUCAGAAGAUGGUGGAUUUCGUUGUGAUCUCAGCAGCACGUGCCACAAGCUAGGCAGCCCAGAAUUUGAAAAAUACCUUGCAGACUUACCACGACCUUCUCUUUCGCUAGUCACCAUGAUUCCAAAUCUUCUACAGGGUGUGGACUGGCGUGGAAUAAUACAUAUCAUACAUGGGACCCACCUUCUCUUGCCAAAGAACCCCACUGAAUUAUUUUUCCGACUUCGGUACGUCAAACUCUUGUAACGGAUAGCAGCCAGCUUUCCCGAAAAUAAUAAUAAUAAUAAUAAUAAAAUAAUAAUACACCGCAAUUAUAGGCCGUUCACUCUUCGCUUCAGAGACUUCCUGAGCCCGAACCUGAAGUUGAACCCCGGUCUUGGCAGGCACCGAUUUUUCCUUCUGCCUGCAGCCUCCUUCUCCUUGUAACGAUUACAUUUAUGGACCUUCGUUGUGGCCCCGCCUGUACGUGGCUCAACCGAUAGUGUUCGCGUUCAGCUCGGCUUUUAAAGCGCUCUGUUCUACCGUAGCGUCACCAUUGGAAUACGGCGGUUCUCAGUUCGAAUCUUUGGGCGAUCGUGCUGGCCGUUGAAUGGAUGAUCUUGAAGGGCGAGAUAAAAAUCUCACCUUUUGACCUGUCCUCAACCUUCAGCCAGCCUAUUCCUCACAUUUCACUGGAAACUGAACUCUCGUCAAGAUGGGUUCCAGUACCCAAGAGCAAAACGCCUCAGGGGUCGGGUGCAAUCCGGCCUUGACUGCUUGCAGUACAAAGCUCCGUGCUCACUUUUCUCCCACACAGCACAGGUUGCAAUUGACCCUUGACCUGUCGCAAUCACUUGCCACUGUUCUCGAGGGCGACAAUAGCCUUGCGCGGCAUUUUAAGAUUCCGCUUGCUAGUGACACGAUGGCGGGGAAGAUUGACGCUUUAUUUGGAAACAUUCAGCUUGUGAAGGACAACGAAGGGGAGGUUGACAAUGAUGUUCGCUGGCUCGACAUUGUCCUUGCACCAACAUAUACGCCCGAGCGACGAGAAGACGGCUAUUAUUAUUUACAACUGGAUGGCCGGAAGGGUUUGAUCCGGAUAACGGAAUCGGACCAUAACUUUAUCAAGUCAGGCCUUCCACAAAAACUUAUAAAUCCACGAUAUUAUCCGAGCGAUGUGCAGUCUGAGGAAGAGGCGAUGCGAUUAGUCGAGGAAUUAUUAUUGGACUUGAACGAACGUGCUUCACAGAUCAUCGACGCGAACAACGAUUGCCGGGCAAGAAUAAACCAAAGGCUCGAGACUCUUAGGCAACUCUCCCAAAGCACUCAGGAGAUCGACGAUAAAUUCAAGAAUGCAGGUGACCUGCAGGCUACUGGGCCUCCGGAACCAGCAAGACCAAGAGGAGUCAGAAAAAGCAAACCGCGAUCUACUCUGCCCUCAUGGGAGCCGCAGGAACUAGAUUGUUUACCCCAGUGGUUCCAAGAUCACAAGCAUCUAACAAAGAAACAAGUUGAGGCUGCAUUCAAAGCCGACUUCGGUAGAUCCCGAACUUAUGCUGCGAUCGUGGCUGCACAAUACCGGGCACGGAAUGACCAUGGAAAAGAUCGUGCAGGAUCGAAGCGGAAACUUCGCGCGGAUGAUUCUUUGCCACCGUCGACCGCCAACAAAUCCGCUCGUGUUGCAAUACCCGACCGUACCAAUCCAUUCUCACUUGCGUCCGAUCCGGAUGCCAGCUUUUCCGUUUCAUUUUUGACUCCUCUCAGAAGCCUCCGCAGCUCGGGAACAUCGAGCGGGGGAACCGCUGAGAGGCAAGAAUGUCCGGAGUCGUCCCAUCAAACCAUGCGCACUGAAGCAAUAACUCAAGAUACAGGAGAAGGGCCUUUGUGGAAUGAGUGCACGGUUUCCAGCGCUUCAAGAGCCGACAUAGAAGAUCUCGAUGCAACGGGUACCGCUGUCCUCCACCCUGUAACUGAACGGACCACAGCAGACGGCAGAUCAUCAGGAAGAGGCCACCAGCCGAUCGAACUCUGUCCUACUGGUACUCGAGAGAGGGAUGUAUCUAAUGAAGACGUCCCGGGCACGUACCAGGCGGAUAACGUUGCGGGUUCUCAGCCAGCAAAUCCACACCAUCAGUUCAACUCGGCUGCCAUAAGUGUAUCUACAAUAGCUGCCGAGAGUCUAGGUGCCCGAUCCCCCAAAAAAGGUUCCGGAGGUGACCAUUCGGCUACCAUUCAUGAUUUGCCUCUCGGCGGAAAUACAGCGGAUUCGACUCAGACUCGGUGUGAUGUAACCGGAGCUCGACCUGAGAGUAGAGGAAUCCAGCCGAAAGCUCGCGACGAUCCGGGUCCGACGCUUUUAUUACCCGUUCUCCAUCAACAAGAGCUAUCGCCGGCGACUACUGCCUCAGCGCAAACCACCAACCCGGUGAGACGUCCUCGGAAGCCAAGAGCUUCAGUUAAGGGGAAAGGAUCCGGCACCGGUUGUAUUACCUGUCGUCGCAGAAAAAGCGUGUGUGACAGACGGUCCCCUGCAUGUAAUACUUGUGUUAAAGCUAAGCUGUCGUGCGAGGGUUACAUUUUGCAGAAGCCCACAGGUCCAGAGGAGUCGUCUACUCCCCGCUCACAGGAAAACCAGUAUCAACAAGAAGUCCAUGGGAUCUCGACUAAUUCCCUCUACCAUGUUGUGGAAGGAGACACCGCUGUCAUUCAUGGACUCCCUGGCCCGCAACACGGCAUGAGCGUUGCCCGCACAGGUUCUCCUCGUUGGAUGCGGUUAAGCGGAAGUGAGGCCAGUCUCAGUUCUCCAAGUUUCGUAUUUGGGCAAGAAGCGCCAGGAGUCAGAGGGGAUUUAACUGCGGUCAAUAGGCUGCCGCCCCCGAUGAAUCCUGACACCGGUCCUCAAGUGAUACCACCAAUUGAUCAGGUUCUCAAUGGACAGUACGUGCCUUCAAAUCAGCCCGCGUUCCCGGAUUGGAGCCCCCAGGCUUGACUGGUAGCUGCCCCUGCACGAGGUGGCCAUCGUAACUCAUUGCCUAGCGCUCUAAGUCUUUAUUGGUAUGAGAUUUUCCAUUUGGAUUGAAUUUUCCACGCCUUAACUCCUAAUAGUUAUGGUAUCCAUUUUUUUUUUUUUUUGGUAAACCAGACCAUUAAUGUGCCAUUUUUCUUUCAACCUUCAUAACUUGUUCCGUUGGCACUAACAGCGUCGAAGCGCUCAAAAGAGAAGUCAGAAGCUUACGUGAGUCUCAGGGUGUUGUGGGACUAGCCGCUCCAAGUAACUUCACUGGCUUGCCUCUGUCUAACAAUAUAGAAAUGCAAUAAAUGCAGGGAAGUUGGGUUGUACUGUAUUUCCCUGACAGUAGGGCAAAUGACUCCCAUUCCAUAUACCAUUGCCAUGACACGCAAGAAUGGGAAAGGGCAAUUCGAACGGUUUUCGUGACAUCAGAAAGCUAUCGCCGCCCUACUGAGGUUACUUCAUUGAGCUCGAUUAUUCUAGGGUUUGCCUGUAGUGAGUAGUGAAUACAGCCACUUAUUGAUCACCCCUUGCCUUUCAUCGUGCGAUUGCCUUAAGCUCAGCGGUACCUGAAGGCAUGCCUUGUGGUUUUAACGGAGUGGAUGCCAGAGCACAUUGCUCAACGAGCUUGGAGAUAGUGGAACUCAACUU